UAAUAUUAUGAACUGCAGUUGUAGCUGCAAAUUUGUCUUUUUACGAUUUAGGGCGAAAUUGAAAAGAAAUUUAAUUUUAUAGUUUGGUAAAAAUGACAAUUUAAUGGUAAAUAAUGAUGUGAAAUGACUGCAAAAAACUACAAAUUAUUAAAAAAUUGUAAAACUAUCCGAAAUUGUGAAUUAAUUGUCUGCUGAAAAGAAGAAUAAGUCCAGUUAUAAUUUUUGGUACAUGGCAAAAGACUCCUUAUGUUAAGGUCACGCGAAAGCAACAUCAGAGCCUUUGUUAAAUUCAUCAACUGCUCGCCACGCAAAAUUGAAGUUCAUUGGAUCAAUUAUCGAGGAAAAAACGUUCAUUAUUCAACUUUAGAACCUUCUGCCAGUGUUGUGGUCAACACAUUCGUCACCCACCCAUGGAUCUGCCUUUGUCCCGACACCGGUCAACGCAUGUGCAUCAACAACAACGAAGUCUUCUUAGGCAAGCCAUGGUUCAAUUUCAUCACAAAUUCAGAAGACGGUUUAGUCUCAGUUGAGCGACAAGAUGCCAAUAUUCAUCUGCCAAUGAGAUCUCUUCGUGAAAUCGGUUUAUGGAAAGUUCUGUUCCUGGUUCGAACGAGGAGUGACAUAAUAGCCCUGGAAAUACCGAAGACACUAAAGGCUGAUCUGCUUCAUCAAUUCUUUUUAUCAACAAGGUAUAAGGAGGUUGAGGUGGUUGAUGAUGAUGAUGGGGAUGGGCGUUAGGGGAAGUAAAUUAGGUUUAUUCGAGUUAAUUGAAAAUUUUAAAAUUAUAUUAAGUUAAAAUAAAGUUUUCUGAAUGCAUCACAAAGGAAUGGGGGAACUAAUGAUGAACUCUACUGUGAGGAAAAAUUAGAAAAAAAUAUUAAAGAAUAGUUUGGGCUGCUAAGGUUGCUUCUACUAUUAGGCUUUAUUAGAGGCACUAAAAGGAGAAAGAUAGGAGUAAGUUUAACUUAAUACCGGAAAACCCGGACUUAGAAGAUUGAUCCUACAA